GAGUAAUCUACCUUUAUACACUAGUGCUGCAAAGUUGCUUUGUUUAAGGUGGUACGAUGAUAAGUAUAUUGUGAGCUAUCAGACCGUUACGUGAGGGAUGCGGUAGUUUAUAGACUUAGAAGAAGAAAAGUACAGAGCAAGCAUGCAGUCACCUUCAGGGUUGAGAGGUCACAGUGAUCUGAUUUAUGAAGACCUGAGUGAGCAAGAGUCAGCUCUGAUGGAAUUAACAUCUCUGUCAAUAGAUAGAGGACAUGUUGUUGUUACCAGGGCACAGGACACAACAGCUAGACAGUGAAAUCAAUAGACUUUCUGCUGAGUUGUUGUUCAUGUAAAUACUCAUCUGGACUCCAUUAUGGCGAUCCAUCAAUGGUGAUAUGUGCUUUAGCUGGUAAGUUCACAGUAUUGCAGAGUCGAGACUGACUGAUAUCAUUAGUGAUUAUCAUUAGUGAGAUAUGGACCUGUGUUGAAAGUGGUUCUAUAAGGAUAUUGUGGUCCACCAGUUAAAAACACAAUGCCAGUUCUACAAAGAUGAUGCUUUUUCAAUCCUCCAGUGAUGUUCUUCCUUUGAAACUUUUUCAGUCUUUGGGUUCAAAUGCAGUAUUCUGCUCAUGUGUGGUGCCACACGUUUCCAUUUCCAUUUAGUUGAAAGCAAUACUCUCUUUGAAUUUCCAUUAGUUAUUAGUUAUUCGAUAAGCAAUGCUCCAUUUUCCCCAUGGCUGAGAACACUAUGAGAGGAGCCGUGACCCAGGAAAUCCACCUCUCCCUGUCUGGAAGGCAAUGACUUGCCCUUUAUGCACCUGCUCGUAACCAUGGACACCAGUAUGACCGAACACACACCUCUCCCUCACCCCUCUGGAGGAGGAAAGAGCUGAAGGGAGGGCAGUGAAGGACAGACACAGAGACACAGGUGCAGGACAUGAGCAAACUGAUUCAGACAGUCACACGGAGAGAAAGAAAAAAAAGAGAAGGAGAACAUCUGAAGUACGUGUAGCUGUGCUGGUUUGAAGAUCCUUGCCUAUCACAGAAUAUGUCUUAUAGGAAGAGGAGCUUCACUUUUGGGGCCUAUGGAGGAGUGGACAAAACUUUCUCCAAGGCUAGAUGUCUAUGGAAAAGCGAUGGCAGAGUGUCUCAAACAUCUAACGCAUUAGAGUCUACUCACUUGACCCACUCAUUACUCCUGUCCCCUCUUUCUGCACUUCUAAAGACUUCUGAUUUACUUGCUGUGAUUGAGCGGAUGCAGAACAGCAGAAUGGAUGAGCAGAGAUGCACACUUCCACCUCCUCUUAAAACAGAAGAAGAUUAUAUUCCUUAUCCAAGUGUUCAUGAGGUGCUGGGACGUAAAGCCCCAUUUCCACUGAUUCUGUUGCCACAGUUUGGUGGUUACUGGAUUGAAGGGACCAAUCACGAGCUCAGUACCAUGCCAGCACAAGAGGAGCCACCCCCAUGCUCAGCCUCCCAGAUUAAACUGGAGAGCAAUAGCAUAGCCAAAAUCUAUAGGAAACAUUUCUUGGGCAAGGAGCACUUUAAUUAUUACUCUGUGGAUACAUCACUGGGACACCUUGUCUUCUCAGUGAAGUAUGACGUGAUUGGGGACCAAGAGCACCUCCGCUUACUGCUUAGGUCAAAGUUUAAAACCUACCAUGAUGUGAUACCCAUUUCUUGCCUGAAUGAGUUCCCCAACGUUGUGCAAAUGGCAAAGCUUGUGUGUGAAGAAGUAAACGUGGACAGAUUUUAUCCAGUCCUCUACCCAAAGGCUUCCAGGCUCAUUGUAACCUUUGAUGAACAUGUCAUCAGCAACAACUUCAAGUUUGGCGUCAUCUAUCAGAAGUUUGGGCAGACAUCAGAAGAGGAGCUCUUUGGGAACAGUGAAGAGAGUCCAGCCUUUAUUGAGUUCCUGGAGUUUUUGGGGGAGAAGAUUGAGCUACAUGACUUUAAAGGGUUUCGUGGGGGUCUUGAUGUUACACAUGGCCAGACUGGAACUGAGUCAGUGUAUCACAAUUUCCACAGCAAGGAGAUUAUGUUCCAUGUGUCCACCAAACUACCCUAUACUGAAGGAGACUCACAGCAGCUGCAGAGGAAGAGGCAUAUAGGAAAUGACAUUGUAGCUGUCGUGUUUCAAGAGGAAAACACACCAUUUGUACCAGAUAUGAUUGCAUCCAAUUUCCUGCAUGCUUAUGUGGUGGUGCAAGUGGAGAAUGCCUGUACAGACAACGUUCUUUACAAGGUAUCAGUGACUUCGAGAGAUGAUGUGCCUUUCUUUGGGCCUCCUCUCCCAGACCCAGCCAUUUUCAGAAAAAGUCCAGAGUUCCACGAGUUCCUGCUGACAAAACUCAUCAACGCUGAGUAUUCCUGCUGUAAGGCCGAGAAGUUUGCUAAACUGGAGGAGAGAACACGCUCUGCUCUGCUGGAGACAUUGUAUGAGGAGUUGCAUGUGAACAGCCAGUGCAUGAUGGGACUGGGAGGAGAAGAUGAAAAACUGGAGAAUGGAGGAGGAGGUGGAGGUGGUGGUUUCUUUGAGUCCUUUAAGAAAGUAAUUCGCAGUCGGAGUCAGUCUAUGGAUGCUAUGGGCCUGAGCAACAAGAAGUCCCACACUGUCUCUACCAGCCACAGUGGCAGCUUUACCCACAAUCCCCCAGAUAUCCCCAAAACACCCGGCAUUUCUCUGAUCAUCCCCGGGAAGAGUCCAACCCGAAAGAAAUCGGGUCCAUUUAGUUCCAGGAGGAGCAGCGCAAUCGGCAUUGAGAAUAUUCAGGAAGUCCAGGAGAGAAGCAGUAGGGAGGUGUCUCCCAGCACGCAAAAGAUACCCGAUAGUGGCCAUGCCUUGCAUGAGCCCAAUAUUGACAACUCUUCCAAUCACAGUUCGCCUGAGAUGCCUACCACCAGGACUAAUUCGGCCCUGUGGUGUAGAGCCUCCUCCAUUCCAGAGUCUCACGAUCUGUCUCGGUCCUCGUCCAAUGCCAGCAGCUUCACAAGUGUGGUGGAGGAGAACGACCACGAGCAUGAAGCUACAGAAGACUAUGACACAGGACUGGAAAGCCUGUCAUCUGCCGGUACCCCGCACAAGCGGAACUCGUUCACGUACAGCAGCAGCUGGCUGGACGAAAGUAUAAGCAGUGUUAGCCAACGCAAUCCACCAGCCGUCUCUCGACAGCUGUCUGACCCCAUUCGGCCCAGAACAGAAAGGCAACACUCUGCUUCAAACUGCUAGGCCUUCUAAGAUUACUUCAUGAAUGGCCAUCAGCAGUACUCCCAUAAGCAGCUCCUGAAGAGACUAAAGCCGGCUCCUCCGGCGACCCAGUGCAGAAGAAGAGCUGUCAGUCACAGGGCCUGUGGCCAGAAAUCCCAUCCCUGUUUUAAGGACUUGCACUGUUUUGUUUUCAUGUGACUGAACAUGCUUCCCAGCAUGCCUUUGGGCUUCAGCAGUUUACAAAGGUUAUCUGUUUCACAGGUGCCAAUGGUAACAGCCUGGGGCUUAUUAUGGAGCGCAUUUCUUAUGGUUAUUUGUCUGCCUGCAGUACCAGCAUAGGGUGUUAUGGCUUUAACCAGAAAUUUCCUACACCAUAUCUCUCUUUAUUUUCCUCUGUUUCUGUUUGUCUGCCAGUCACUUCUUGUUUUUCUUUCACUCAUUUUGUGACUUCCAUGUAGCAUCAAGCACAACACACAUUACUGGUGGCUAUAAUUUUGUCUACUUCUUUGUGUGUGUGUGUGUGUGUGUGUGUGUGUGUGUGUGUGCGCGCGCGUGUGUAGUUGUGUUUAUUUAUUCAUGAUCAUACUAGUAGGCAGAGGUCAGCUUGUCACUCACAGGGACACAGCUGCAUGGGAAAAAUUAUAUCCUAAAAAGAAUAAUUCAAAGAUUCAAACAAGUACAACACAGCAGUGGACAUUUUAUUUUUUUUUUGUGCUGCAAAACACCCAUGAAUGAACACGUAGAGCAGUGCAACAGAAUUAUGUGUAAGCUUUUCUCUUCUUUUUGAAUGUUCAGCAGUACAUUUUGUAUUAUUUUCUGUCAGUUUUGUGAUUCUGUGAAUAUCUAUAAAUGUUAUUUGUUGUUAAAAGAAGUGACUUGUGCUGGAAUAUACAAACAUUUACUAUCUUGUCAGGUGAGUAAUUGUUUAUAACAAGUAAUGCUAUAUGUAUAAUAACUUAUACUAUUUAUUUAAUUUUUUUAAAAAGUAUUUAUGGGUGUUUUUUAUGCACAACUUUGAUCUCUGCAGUAUUUGUAUUUGCAUUGGGAACAAGUUCAGACUUUUAGAUUGUGAUGGAUGUAGUGUGCAGUUUUACACACGUGACUCUUUUUAUUAUUUCUGCAGAGCACUUGAGGUUGAAAUUAU